AGAAUUGAUCAAGUUUAAGUUGCCAACUUUCGAGAUUUUAGAAUACCUAUUGUCGUAAUAAAAUUUAUUAUAAUAAUUAUUAAGUUGAUUGAAGGCAAGUGGUUAGAUUAUCGAAUACUGUGUGUGUGGUUUUAGUUAAAUCAUAAUAAUUGAAAAUGGCAUUCUAUUGCUGUAGCAGGCUAGGAACGAAAUCGGUGUUUGGAAACUUGGCAAAGUAUAGAUCUGCUCUGGGCACAGUAUCAUAUGCUCAAUCUGCUGCAGUUCCUAAGAUAACCUUCAAAAAUUUCGAACCACCAAAGGAAGAACAUCAUGACAUUAAGAACGAACGCCUCAAGAGACCUCUUUCACCUCACCUUACCAUAAUCGAGUAUCAGCUGACAAGCAUUUUAUCAAUUUCCCAUAGAUUUGCGGGAAUGAUUCUGUCUGGGUAUGCUACAGCUUUAGGUGUUGGGGCCUUAGUGUUGCCGAAUGAUAUUUCUCACUAUAUAACUAUGAUUGAGGGACUCAAUUUGUCCCCGGCCACAUUGUUCAUUGCUAAAGUGUUGAUAGCAGCUCCAUUUGGUUACCAUUUUGCUAACGGAAUUCGGCAUCUGUACUGGGAUACCGCUAAAGGUUUGUCUAUUAAAGAAGUUUAUUCAACCGGAUACACGAUGUUGGCCGGAGCAGCGGUACUUACAUUGAUUUUAGCUGCGUUGUAAUUAUGUGAGAAAAAAAAACAAAUUUCUGUGUUAUUUAUUUAUUUUCAAUUAAGCAGAGUAUUAAAAUAAUGAGUUAAA